UGUUGUCAUCAGCUAUGCAGCGCGCUGAUUGGCCGAGACAAUCCUCUGUUUGCAUUGUGGGUUCCUCACCAUUCUUGCAUGUAGUACACACACAAAGACUGCUCCAAGAGUCCCUCGUUGUAUUCUGUUGGGUGUGUGCAUUAGAUAACAACAUCAACCACUUUUAACGCGAUUACAACCAAAUGUUUAAGAAGUAGUAGUUUAACGUCUGAGCUACUGGACUGGCUUCCUCACAGGACGAAUCGGAGUCCGGAGCACACCACGCCACAGCCUCACAUCCCUGAUAUGGAGCUGAGGGAGGAGUGGCAGGAUGAGGAGUUCCCCAGGUCAGAGGAGCCCACCGCAGUGACGCCUGAAACGCCGCUCCCUGAAGAUACACCCAACCAGGAGGAUGAGCUGGAGAGUGUCAUUGCCAAUGGAAACAGACCCGCUCCCCCCAACAGCCUGGCGCUUUCAGGGAACUCCGUCAGGAAGAAGCGGCUGGUGGCACCUACGCUCAGCCUCACGCUGGACAAGCCCGACUCUCUAGACCGCAGCGUCAAGUCCGAUGAGUUCUCCACGGCCGCCCUGUCGCCCUCAUUGGAGGACCCAGACCUGGAUAUCAACCUGGAUGCCAUGGAGACGCCGUCGGACAGCGAGUCCUGCAACUUCCCCGGCAGCAUGCAUGACCUGGAGUGGGAAGAUGACUUGCCCAGGAUGGGGGUGGAGGAGGAGGGCAGGGCUUGCUCUCCAGCCAUGGCUAACCUGGAACUGGACCAGGUGGACAGCCGAGGCCGGCGCUGGCGUCGCUUCUGCAUCUCUGGCCAGGACUAUCACGUCAACAUGAGUGUGCUGGAGCCUUACCUACAGGUGCUCUCCCACGGAGGUUACUAUGGAGAAGGAAUGACUGCCAUCGUCUUGUUCUCAUCCUGUUACCUGCCAGAGAACACUAUGGAGAACUAUGAAUAUAUUAUGGACAAUCUAUUUAAGUACAUAGUGGGGACGCUAGAUCUUAUGGUGUCCGAAAACUACGUCAUGGUCUACCUCUGUGGAAUGGCACCCAGGAACAAAAUGCCCGCCAUCAAAUGGCUCCGGCAGUGUUACAACUCCAUAGACAGGAGGUUGAGGAAAGACCUGAAGGGUCUGUUUGUGGUGCACCCAGUGUGGUAUGUGAAGGCUCUGAUCACACUUAUCAAGCCCUUUAUAAGUGAGAAGUUUAGCCGGAAGGUGAAAUUCAUCCACAGCCUUCAAGAGCUCUCCAAGUUCAUCCCUAUGGAGCACCUGCAGAUCCCAGACUGCAUCCGAGAAUAUGACGCCACACUGACCGUCUGAGGCGACCGUGGGUUGGUUUGUAAAUACAGCGAUGAUGGUGUUAGAAGGGUAAAGGUGAAGGCUUGGCCCACACUCGAGACCACGAGGCAGAAGCGUCUCCAGCGGCCAGAAACUCCUCGAGGCGUCCACCUCUUUAUAUUCAUGGACUUGUUUAACCACUGUCAGAGGCCAUUGUCAUUUUCCUGCACACCACCUCCUUUAUGGAACAGAAAAGCCACUUUUUAAAGCUCUUAAUGUUGAAUGAAUGCGCUCAACCGAGAACAUAUUUAUAUUUUAAUGGGAAUGCACGCCCAUACAACAAGGGGCUUGAUAACAAAACAAAUUACCUUUUGAACCUCAAAUGGUGAUCAACAAUACACUAUUUCUUCAUCUCUUCCUCUCUUGAUUGCGCAACACCUGCCUGAGCGGAGCGGGUGAGGACUGAUUCAAAUAAGUGUGCAACUCGAGCACUGUUGCAUAACAGCCGUGAUUUAUGAGCGUGUAAUCACUGUUUCAAUGAAAGGGGGCACAUCUAAUCUAGCUGAGUGAGUUCAGCGAAACAUUUAUUAGACACAAUCAAAUGAAUCUGGCAGCAUAUGGUUCCUGUUGCAGUUUCAUUACAACUUCAACACAACGGGUUUCAUGUGUUACAACCUAAGCCACUUUAAUGCAAAAUUGCGUUUUGGGGAAAAAGUUAAUGGUCAAGGUUUUUACAGCCAGUGAGUCAUGUUUUAAACAAUGGACCGAAGAUUUUUUACAAGAGCUAUUUUAUUUUCAUUUUGUAAGUCAAUUCCCUCUGCAUUCUCCAUUUAAUGUUGUUAGGUGCACGGUUUUCCUUCCUCUUUUCUCCCCUUAGAUGUAUGGCAUUUAAUAGCCUUACCUCAGAGCAAAUAUUUAUACAAGGGAACAUUUGGACAGCUUGUACUUUCCAGCAGCCAGGACCGUUACAAGCAGUUAUGCAGCAAUGGACCUUCAGACUGUUUCAGAUAGAUUUCAAAGAUGGGAAUGCAAGUGGAUAUGGGCUUUUCUGCUGCUAUAAUGUCUAAUUAGUUGUGAAGAUUGUAAUGGAAGACCUGGAGGUUGGGAGCACUGUUGAAAGUCUAUUGAAGCAGUGUGAACUUGGAGGAAAUGGGCUUUGGCAGGAGGGGGAAGUGAGGUAACGGCGCGGUGUGCAUUUUAGUUAUAAACAGGAACCAAGUUGUGCUGGCUAGGAAGGUUAAAUAAUAAUUUCCUGUUUGAAAUUUUUUCCUCUCACUGUGAUUCUCAUAUUGGGAGUCAGGAGAAGUCUGCAAAAUGUUUUAAUUGUUUAUUUAACAGAAGUGUAAAUAGUGUGCUAUAAAAAAAAUAAAAACAUAAAAAUGA